AUAAAUAAAAAAUCUUUUAAUUUAAGUGGACUGCUCAUUAUUAUAAAAUGAAUAUAACGCCUCCUAUCAAACCACCACGAGGGAUCAAACCAACAAAAGAAACGAGUGGUUUGCUGAUCUCAGUCAUUCGUGCUUUAUCAGCGAGUGAAACAAAUGAACAACGUGAGAUUGAGAAAGCUAAGUUGGAAAAGGAAUACAAACGAAGUGAUCAACGACUGGAAGAAUUGGUUUCAUUACAUGACCAAGAUCUCAUGGAAGUUAUGCAGAUAUUCAGUGAACUAUCUGAAAAAGUUACAUCAGCACGAGAAAAGAUUCAUGCAGUAAAGGAGAAUCUGAAUGCCUGUAAACAAUUAUUGAGAUGUAAACGAGAGGAGUUAUUGAAUUUAUGGCUGGAAGGAAUAGAACAUAAACAAGUCUUACAUCUUCUAAAAGAUGUGACUUCAGAUUCAUAUGGACGUAUGAUAACAGGUUUAACUGAGCCUGAGCUAUUACCAUCCAAUAUAUCACAUGAUACUUCUAAUUAUAAAUUUAUAAAAUAUUUGCCUUAUUUCAUAAAUCCUUAA